AUGCAUGCCUACUCGCGCCCUUCGCCGCGGACAGCCUCCCCUGCCAACAACCUUCAGACGAAUCCCACACGAACCAACAACCAACGGCAUACCACCCAGGACUCGUCACCCUACUCAACCACGCCCCCGUAUAGUGACCGCGCUGUGGACGAAUCGGACGGUGAGAUGUUGUCUCGCGGGGACCCCUCGGCAGAGACGGACCAGAAACAAUACCACAAGGUGAACCAGGUCAUCCAGAACUUCUUCACCAAAGCCGCCCUCACAAUAGUAUCCUCGCGGAUAUCACUACCGCCAGCCUAUAAUAGAAAUGGUGACCAAAAGCAGAACAAGUGGUUCAACGUCGUCCUUCCGGAUAGCGACGAGCUUCAACGACAGCUCGCUGAUUGGAAGAACAUGGACGCCAUGUCCGGCCAACAUCCUCCACUCUACAUCGAGGUUUACCUCGACGUACAGUUCCUCGGCCACAAGCAGUCUCUCGUCAUACACGACGAUCAAGGCAAAAGAUGGGACGUCGGCUCGGCCCUCAGCACGGCCGAAGCCACCUCGCGAUCGAGUCGCCACGGCAAAUACACCCAACUCGUUUUGGAGCGAUGGAAGAUCCAUGUGGGGGACAAGAGUCUGGUACUUCCGACUGAGCUAAACGACCCCUUGCCCAACGUCUACAAAAAAGCAGUCGUCACCUUUCGCUCUCUCUUUGCCCACUUGCGGCUCAUGCCAGCAUUCCGGUAUAACAAGAUUGCUGCAAAGCAACCUACGACCCACCCAGCAUUGAAGUUGAACUACCGCAUCACCGAAUCCGACUCUUACCCAUCACACGUCGACACUCUCAACCUGGCACUCUACCCAUCCACUGAGCCCGUAACGGAGACGAUUGACUUCAGACCCACCAACUCACCGGUGGGCCCGCUAUGUGUGACAGUCCAACAUCGCGCGAGCUGCGACUUCGGUGUCGAAGAUUCCGAGUCACUGUUGAGUGAUCAAUUCAUGGGAUUGGACGACAACUACUUUGAAAACAAAGUGCGCACAACCCAAGUGCCUGGUUCGCUCCCUGUAGACAGACUCAAUGCACAAGAGACUCCGGACGUCGGUCAAGCCUAUGGGAGCUUGUCGACCUUUCAUCAAGUUGGCCCACCUACAGGAACGAGUCCAAUCUCUGCUCUUCGCGCUGUUCGAGAUCUGCCAUCCUCCUCCUCCCCAACUGAAUCGCCUCCACAGAAAUUACCACCAAACCAUCGGGUUGCCCAAGGGUCCAAGUCAUCACUACGAUCUGCAGACACGCCCUCCUACCAACGGCGAACAUCAGUCUCAUUUCAGCCCUUCAAGGCAGGCUCUCUCUCAUCCUCACCAGCUAUCGGUGGAGUACUUCCAUCACCGGGUAGCUCAUUGGGAAGGCCCGGCAGUUCUCUAGGUCGUACCCCUAGCGCCCUCCAUCAGCCAAGGAAUCGAACUUCCUUGACAGCUCUCCCCCAAACGGCACUCCGAGCUCCGUCAUUACCCAGCGACAAUGCGUUUGCUGCUUCGUCAGGUUCAAGCUCGCCCAAGCCAGCGCCCAUUAGCCGGUACAGUAGCAGCUUUGGUCACAGACGGGGCAAGUUCUCGACUAGUGGUGGCAGUAAGCUCGAGGACGAUAACAUGAGCAGUGGGAAAGGCAGUGUGUCGUCGUCAGUACAACGCGGCUCCGAUACCCUCAAUGACGGGCCUGGUGGUAGCUCGGGAGAAGUCAAGACGGACGAUGAGAACAUAUCCGACUUUCUCAAGCUGUUGGAGUCAAAGAAGGAUCUGAGAAGCUUUAGCCGAAGUGACGAUGCGUCCAAAGCAGCGACUGUGCAGCGCACUACCGCUCAACUCAACAAAUUCCAGCGUAUGAGAGAUUCCCACGCGCAGCUCUCUGAUUCGCUCUCAUCGUCCAUGAUGUUACAUCGAUCAUCGUCGUCUUCAAGCCGUCAGCUAUCAAGCGUCCCAGCAAUGAUUGCGGGUACGUCUGUGUCGACUGCUUCGUCACCCGGUAAACCCAUCUCGCCACAUACCCCGCAUACGCCCGCGAUUCCAUCUCGAUUGAGUGCUAACAGCAUCAUCGAGUACGAACCACGCCGUAGCAGCCAGACGCGACGUGGGCGGCCGACUCGUGGGAAUGCACAAGAUGACGCGCACGUCGCCGAGCAGAGCGAAAAUGAAGAUCAAGCCAACGACGGCAUCGCCAUCCCCAGCUCCCCACGCCUGUGGAACUAUGCUCGCCGCUCAAGCUCAGUGGCACAACAAAACCGCAACUUACCAGAUGACGAGCCCGACCUCUUUGGUGUCCGUUCAGCCAGUCUACCAUCAGAAGAAGUAGACCGAGCGCGUGAUCUCCAUCGAAUCACCAGUGCCGAUCUUACCUCGAGCGGUCUCUUUGCGCAGACAGAAUCCCUUGCUAGCGCAAGCCGAGACCAACAUGCAGUGCCCGACGACUCUCGCGACCACCUCCCUCGUCCCUCGUCGACGUCGAAUCUUCCCCCGAAACGUGGCUCUUACUCUGGUGUUCAACGUGGCCGUGGAGGCUUCUUCUCACACAGUUCAUCAAACAGUCUGAGCACGGGAGCUACCAGCUCGACAGAACGGCAAAGUCGGUACAACUUCAACAGCCGCACGGCUACUAAUGUCGAUGACGACGAACCUUUGCUCUUUCAAAUGAGCGAAAUUGGGGCUGGGGGUUCGCGCCGCAGUCUUGAGGAGGCACGGGGUGCGGGUUCUAGCUCUGGCGGCGGCGGCGGUGCCAGUGCCGGUGGUGGAGUUGCUGGGAAACGUGGGUCGUAUUUCCGCUGA